AUGUCAGUGGGUAUUGCUCCUCUUAACCCUAAGCCAUUUUUAAACAGUUUGGCUGGUAAUCGAGUAAUUAUAAAAUUAAAAUGGGGAAUGGAAUAUAAAGGUAUAUUGAAAUCCUUUGACGGCUACAUGAACAUAAGACUAACAAACGCAGAAGAAUGGAUACAUGGAGAAUUCAAAGGAACACUUGGGGAAAUAUUUUUAAGAUGCAAUAAUAUCUUAUAUAUAAGGGAAGAUAAUGAAAAAACAAAAACGGACCUUUGA